AUGCGCUCAGUCAUGCAGGAUAUAGAGCAGGGCGCAUACCUAGCUACAAACUUUGAUGGCGACCACGCGAUACCGCCGGAUGAAGCCCGCAAUUACCCCCCGGCUUUCGGAGACCCCCGCAGGAACACUUCGAUGGAGGACCUUCUCUUCCAGCCUGCAUCGCGCGUAUCCUUAAACUUGGAUGGAUUGGACUCCCCGAUGUUUCUGGGUGACCAGGAGAUAUCAGAUUCUGAGACUGUGGAGGAUAGUGGUUUUGCUCCGACACACGACGGAUAUCCACCCCCAGCCGAAGGGUACAACGAAGGCGAAGGAGACUUGGAUUGGUCGCUGAUACAAGGUCCUGGUGCACUGAAAAAUUUCUCUCUGAAUCUGCCGAAAAUCGCAAAAGGUACAAUACUGUAUUAA